AUGUCAAAGGUUAAGAUUUCUAGGUCCGAUUCCGAACCAAGUAGUUUUACAACUCGAACAAGUUGUUCUUCUCAUGAUACAGGUAGUUCUUCUCCUGGUACAGGUAGUUCUACUUCUGGUACAGAAAGUUCUCCUUCUGGUACAGGUAGUUCUACUCCUGGUACAGGUAGUUCAACUUCUGGUACAGGUAGUUCUACUCCUGGUACAGGUGGUUCUACUCCUAGUAUAGGUAGUUCUUCUCCUGGUGCAGGUAGUUCUCCUCCUAAUACAAGUAGUUCUACUUCUGGUACAGGUAGUUCUACUCCUGGUACAGGUAGUUCUCCUCUUGGUACAGGUAGUUCUACUCCUGGUAAAGGUAGUUCUACUCCUGAUACAGGUACUUCUACUUUUGUUACAGGUAGUUCUUCUCCUGUAACUGGUAGUUCUCCUCCUGUAACAAGUAGUUCUCCUCCUGGUACAGGUAGUUCUCCUCUUGAUACAGGUAGUUCUCCUCCUGAUGCAGGUAGUUCUACUCCUGAAACAGGUAGUUCUCCUACUGGUACAGGUAGUUCUCCUCCCGGUACAGGUAGUCCUACUCCUGGUACAGGUAGUUCUUUUCCUGGUACAGGUAGUUAUACUACUGGUACAAGUAGUUCUCCUCCUGGUACAGGUAGUUCUCCUUUUGGUACAGGUAGUUCUCCUCCUGGUACAGGUAGUUCUUCUCCUGGUGCAGGUAGUUUUCCUCCUGAUACAAGUAGUUCUACUUCUGGUACAGGUAGUUCUCCUCUUGGUAAAGGUAGUUCUACUCCUUGUACAGGUAGUUCUACUCAUGAUACAGGUAGUUCUACUUCUGGUACAGGUAGUUCUCCUCCUGUAACAGGUAGUUCUCCUCCUGGUACAAGAAGUUCUCCUCUUGAUACAGGUAGUUCUCCUCCUGGUGCAGGUAGUUCUACUCCUGAAACAGGUAGUUCUCCUCCCGGUACAGGUAGUCCUACUCCUGGUACAGGUAGUUCUACUCCUGGUACAGGAAAAUCGCUAAGUAGCGAAACACCUGGUACAAGUAGUUCUCCUCCUGGUACUGGUAGUUCUCCUCCUGGAACAGGUAGUUCUCCUUUUGGUACAGGUAGUUCUCCUCCUGGUACAGGUAGUUCUCCUCCUGGUGCAGGCUACUCCUGGUACAGGUAG